AUGUUCCAUCUGAGCGAAUGCAAUAAACCAAUUGAUGGACAUGAUAUCAUAAUUUCUCUUUAUAAUCUUGAAGAAUGUGAAGUUGCAGUGGAAUUGGCGGAAAAGUUCAAGGAUUUCAAAGUUCUGGUAAAAGUAUGCCUUGACAUGGACGACAAAGAACGACGAGCCAAGCUCGAUGCCUAUAAACAACGGUUUGCUGCUGACGAGUUUGAUAUGUAUCUCUGCCGAUACUUAAAGCAGAAAAAAAGUGAGAUCGCUUCUCAGAGCUUAUUGAGCUUGGCUGAUCGUGAGAAUUCUGAUGUGAAGCGACAGAGGCAUCUCUAUGCCUUUGCGAAGCUAGCUGCCGCUUGUAGUGAUGCAGCAUCUGAAGAUGUGAUUAACGAGGCUAACAGGAAACUGGUGCUUAUCAAACAUCAAUAG